AUGUUCAAACCGGUGCAAUUCUCGCAUAAUGUGUCAGCAGCGAGCUCGGACUCUGAAGUCGAACCUCUGGAGAAACGAGGAUCCCAGGGUGAUGAGGAUGAAAAACACGUUCAUCUAGACAUUGAGACAGGAGCAGGGCGACCAAUUUCUCCCAAAGAUGAUUACUUCGAACUUCCUGUGUUUCAAAAACGCCCACUGAGUGAUACACCAGUUGCGUCAUACAUAAAUUCGCCAAGUGAUUCCCAGGAAAGCUCUGGUGACUCGACUCCUGUUCCAUCGCCUCACAGCAGCUCUAGCAACUUGCAGAGCUUUCACCAAGCGAUACAGAAGGAUGGCGAGUCUGAAUCCCCAAGCAACACACAUUUCAUACAUCCUAAAGUAAGACCCACAACAAUCGAUGUCCCGGGCCUGACGAAGUCGAGGACAAGUCCAGACGGUACCAUUUCUAACAAGGAUCCCGGGUCCAAGUUGGUUAUUGUCAUGGUGGGCUUGCCAGCUACAGGUAAAUCAUUCAUUACCAACAAACUUUCGCGAUUUCUUAACUACUCAAUGUAUUACUGCAAAGUGUUCAACGUGGGUAAUACUCGCCGCCAGUUUGCCAAGGACAACAAUUUGCAGGACCAAGAUUCCAAAUUCUUUGACCCUACAAAUCCAGAGAGCAAAGCUUUAAGAGAGAAGUGGGCAAUGGAUACCUUGGAUCAGCUUUUAGAUUAUCUGUUGGAUGGACCUGGCUCGGUGGGUAUUUUUGAUGCCACCAAUUCCACCAAGAGCCGCAGAAAGAAGGUCUUAGCGAAAAUUCACUCUCGCAAUAACCAAAUUAAGGUGUUGUUUCUGGAGAGUGUUUGCUCUGACAAAGAGAUGGUGGAGAAAAAUAUCAAGUUGAAGCUUUUUGGCCCCGAUUACAAAGGAAAGGAUCCCGAGGCUUCUCUUAAUGACUUCAAAGGCCGUCUUUCAAAUUAUUUGAAAGCCUAUGAGCAAGUGGAUGACGACGAAAACGUGCAAUAUAUUAAGAUGAUCGAUGUGGGCAAGAAAGUGAUAUCAUACAACAUCCAAGGCUUUUUAGCCUCACAAACGGUAUACUAUCUUUUGAAUUUUAAUUUGGCCGAAAGGCAGAUUUGGAUUACGCGUAAUGGGGAAAGUGAGUUCAAUGUUCAGGGCAAAAUUGGCGGAGAUUCUAAUCUAACGGCCCGAGGGAAGCGUUUCGGGAAAGCAUUGGCAAAAUUUAUUGACAAGCAGCGAGUUGAAUUUACUGAGGCUGAAAUGAAAUCGUAUUUGGAAUCACACGAUGACGAUAAAAACUUCAGUGCGACAGAGUUCUUCGUCUGGACAUCUAUGCUCCGGCGAGCAGUUGAAACCGGUGAUUAUUUUAAUGAAGACGAUUAUCCCAAUAAGCAGAUGCGCAUGCUAGAUGAGCUGAGCGCUGGAGAUUGUGAAGGACAGACUUAUGCUGAAAUUCAAGCCAACUAUCCCGAAGAAUUCGAGGAACGAUUGAACGACAAGCUAAGAUACAGAUACCCCGGAAUUGGUGGAGAAUCAUAUAUGGAUGUUAUCAAUCGCCUGAGACCAGUUAUUACUGAGAUCGAAAGAAUCAAGGAAAAUGUUCUUAUAGUCACUCAUCGCGUGGUCGCUCGUGUUCUUCUGGGGUAUUUUCUCAACCUCAAUCGCGAUAUCAUAGCCAACCUCGACGUGCCUCUGCAUUGCGUUUAUUGUUUGGAACCCAAACCAUACGGCGUAACCUGGUCUUUAUAUGAAUAUGACGAUGGUAAGGACACAUUUUUCAAAGUUCCUCACACUGAACUCAACACCAUGAAAGUCCAAGAAAUGGGGCUUGUUCAUGCCGAAAGGCGUUACUCGAUUAUACCCACUGCACCUCCUAACAAUGGUAAUACGAAAGGUGAGUUUAUGGCAAACAAAGCCAGCGCUACUGGUCUAUCCAAAAAUUCUUCGGCGCACUCCAACAACAAGCAAGGCCAACGGUUUCCAACAAUUGGUGGGGGGACCUCAAUUGCGAGGCCUGCCUUGAGACCACAUACUUCUCAUUCCUUUGCAUCUAGCAGGUUUGCGAGAAGUGCAUUAAGCAGCAGGAAUGGAGAUAGCAGAUCUACUUCUUCACCACCGCCGGGUGGAGGGCGCAAUGAGCAUGAAAUUGAAAUGAACAAGUUGAACGAAAAAUUAGCUCUUUUGGGUAAACAAAGAGGGCCUGUACCAAGACCACCACAGAUGAGCAGGAGCCAAAGUGAGAUAUGA